AUGAUCAUGGAUACUGGCACUGCAGCCAAUCUCGAGGCUGAGCAGCAGCAGCAGCAGCAGCCUUCGUCCUCAGACCCUUGUUGGCUUGUGCCGUUCGAAAGGAACUUCUCAUUUGUAGGAAGAAACGAAACUUUUACCGAAAUUGACCUAGCAUUCGAGGUCAAGGAUGGCAGUCAACCGAGGGCAGCACUUUGUGGUCCUGGAGGCAUAGGAAAAUCCCAAGUGGCAUUGGAAUACUGUUUUCGAAGGCGCAGUAAAGAUGCCAAGUGUUCCGUUUUCUGGGUAAAUGCUGCCACGGUUGCUCGUUUUGAGGAAUCUCUCAACCGAAUUGCGAGUGAAUUCAGCAUAAACGCUCCGGAUGGAGCAUCUGACGCAGCCCAACUAUUGAAGGAUUGGCUCGAAGUGGAACACAUAGGUCCGUGGCUAAUGGUCAUUGAUAACGUGGACGACGAGGACGCCUUUUUUCGCGGAAAGAUGACAAUCGGCAAAACCCCUUCAGAGUGCAUCCCGAACAGCCAAACUGGGUCUUUGCUGUUUACUACAAGGAGCCGCAAGGUUGCCUUUGACGUGGCGAAUCCCGCAACACCAAUCGCGAUCCAUGAAUUGGGUAAAACGGAAGGGCUCGAAUUCGUCAAGAAGCAAUUGCAAGACACCGAACCCGAAAAUGUGGUUCUUGAGCUGCUUGAGGAACUUGACUAUACUCCUCUCGCCAUCACCCAGGCAGUUGCCUUUAUGGUAAAAGGGCAAAUGACUAUUCAGCAGUACCUAGAGCAAUAUCGCAGGAAUGGCACUACUAAGCCAGCAUUACCCAACCAUGAGUUAUCUAACCACUCACGACCGGAAGAUACCCCAGAAUCUGUCGCAAAAAGUUGGAAACUUUCUUUCGAAGCGAUACGGAACUCAAAUCCAAAGGCGGCGGACUUGUUAUGUCUAAUCAACUUCUUUCAACACCAUGGAAUCCCCGCUAUUCUCUUGCAGGAUACAGACGAGCUUGGAGAUAGUUCCCAUUUCCAGGAGGCUGCCGAACUCUUAAAAGCCUUCUCAAUUAUUGAUGAAAACGACUCGGGGUUUAGCACACAUCGCCUUGUGCAGCUGGCAACAAGGUGGUGGUUAGAAGAGGAGAGUCCUCAGGAUGUAGACAAGUGGGCUUUCCAAGCGUUGAAGUCCACCACGUCCCAAUUCCCCGCGCCAUCAUCUCAACCAAACUCUGAUUAUUUCAGACUUGGAGAAAUUCUGCUCCCUCAUGCUGAGUGGAUCCUGCAGUAUAAGUUCAAGACGACCACGAAGGAUUCCGAGAUCAUAAGAGCGAAAUUACUGGCCUCUACUGGGAGGUUUAUUCACUGGAAGGGAAAUUAUGAUGAAGCACGUUCAAGGUUCAAAGAAUCUUUCGAAAUAAAUUACCAGAAUCUGGGCGAAAAGCAUGUUGACACCUUGGUUAGUAUGGGGUUGCUGGGCUGGACUCUCGCCGUGUUUGAUCAGGACCUUCUAAGCCUCCCAGUUCUCAAACAAGUCGUGGAAUACCGGCGCGAGGUCCUUGGAGAAGACCAUCCUAUGACAAUUGAUAGUUUGAGCGACCUUGCCACAGCUGUUCUUUUGACUGGAGAUUAUACAGAGUCAGAGAAGAUGCAGCGUGAAGCUCUGGCCCGUAGCGAACAGGUUCUUGGGCUGAAACAUAACGACACCAUGAAUUGUAUGGCACACCUUGCCUCAGUUCUCGACGAACAGGGCAAGACUGAGGAAGCAGAAAAACUGGCGCUCCAGGUCUACGAAAUCAAGGCAGAACUGCUUGGGUACCUCAGUCCGGAUACCCUCGUCGCGGAACAUAACGUGGCUUAUAUGCUCAGUCAAGACGAAGAAAAGGUCGACGAGGCCAUUUUCAUUUACAGGCGCAGCUUGAGGAAUAAAAGCGAAGUUUUUGGGCUAGCCCACAACGAAACACUAAUAACAGCAUAUAAUCUCAUCUCGCAUCUGUUCUCCAACGAUAGAGUUUCAGAAGCACGAGCGCUUUGCGACAAGUACAUAUCUGAGGCGGGAGAUAUUCUUCAAAGGCAGAAUACGAGAACUCGAGAGUGGCUCACUAAAUUUGAAGCCGUUCGGGAUAAUCUAGCAGAAGACGCUGGCAAUGAGUAG